AUGGUAGAUGCGCCGCUGAAAGAACCCGACUACAGCAUCUACAGGUUCGAUGACGACCGCAAACUUUGUGUUACCGCAAAACCGCAUACAGAAGCGCCCGCUGGAAUGGAACUUUCUAUUACCGGCGAUGAUGGUGCCGUUGUGAUGGGUGAUGCGGAACACAGGAAAUUACAUUUGGAGGUGCCUGUGGAUUCGCAAUUGGAGCCGAAGGACAUCACCAUCAGGAUGGAUGCCGACAGU